AGUACUCACAACUUAACUUGCUUGGUUCCACACAGUUUGCUUUUUUUAAAUCUAUGAUUUUUACCUGCCUUUGGCCUACUACUGCUGGGUAAUGAAUUAUAAGCUUAAGAUCUAUAUCUGUAAGACCCUUGUGCCAUACAAUGUGGACGUAAAUGUUAGAACCCAGACCUACUAAUAACUACUUGAGUUAAGCAGUUGUGUUUACUUAGUUUCAUUAAAUGAUUUUUGGAGUUAAACUAACUUUUAAUUGUUGUUUAUUAAGUUUAUUAGUCUGAUUACUACACCCAAACUUAGAUUUGCAAUUUUUCCCACAACUUUGCCUAUGCUGAAAGAAAACAUAUGUGCUUUAAUGCUUCUAUGAGUGUUCUUAAUAGAUAUGUAUUUUAAAUCUGUGAUAAAUUGAACAAUUAUUUAAUAUAAAUAUACUUUUAUAACCUGAACUAGAACAUUCUAUAUGUCCCUACUUUGUCAUUGAUAUUAUCUGCCUGCUGAUCUCUGCUUAUUUGGCUGCCUAAAUGGAUGAGGGUUUUAAUGUAACUUAUAUAAUUCUUGGUGGACACAUGGAAGUGAAAAAAUACAGAUAUCUUUAUUUUGUUAUUAUUCUUACUGUAUAUGUUCUUAUAUUAAGCUGUAACUCCACUAUAGUGUGUCUGAUUUGGACUCACCGGAACCUCCAUGAGCCUAUGUACAUCUUUAUCGGGGCUUUGUUAAUCAACUCUGUUCUUUGGAGUACUGUUAUCUACCCUAAACUUUUGAUUGAUUUUCUGUCUGAAGAGCAGACCAUAUCAUACUCAGCUUGUGUUUUACAGUUUCAUAUGUUUUACUCUUUGGGUGCGUCAGAGUACUAUCUUUUGGCAGCUAUGGCCUAUGACAGGUAUGUUUCUAUAUGUAAACCUCUACAAUAUCCAACUAUUAUGAGUAAAUCUACUAUCAGUACUCUUCUGAUUUUAGCUUGGACUCUGCCGGCCUCUCAGGUUGCAAUACCAGCUGGACUGAGUGCUAAUACACAACUCUGCAGUUUUACCAUAAGGAACAUCUUUUGUAAUAAUACAAUUUACAAACUGCAGUGCAUCAUCACAAAAGCACAAAUGAUACGUUAUAUGUUGAUUUUAGUCACUCUUUUAAUCAUGCCUGCUUUUUUCAUACUAUUCACUUACACACGUAUCCUUAGAAUAUCAUUUCGAAGUAGCAGAGAACUGAGAAAAAAAGCAGCACAGACAUGCUUACCUCACUUAAUUGUUUUGACCAACUUUUCCUGUUUGUGUGUAUUUGAUGUUAUUACAGUUCGGCUGGAUUCAGAUUUUCCAAAGACUUUAAAGCUAAUAAUGACUUUACAGUUAAUAAUCUAUAAUCCCCUGUUCAAUCCAAUCAUAUAUGGACUGAAAAUGAAGGAAAUUUCUAAACAUCUCAAACGAUUGGUCACUCAGGCCAAACAAUGCAUUCCUUCUAGACAGUAA